UCAGUGACAUGCAAGCUGAAGCUCUCCCACACCUGACCGGAGGAGCCCACACACAGUCAUGAGGAAGCUCCUGUGGGUGAGUCUGCUGGCUCUGCUGCUGCUGCAGGCCUCCUGCAUCCAGGCCAACGAUUCGGACGACAGCACAGAGGAGCACAGAGAUGCUCAAGACGACACAACAAAGGAAACCACAGAGGAGGCCUCAGCAGAGACAGACCAACCUGAACAGCCACCAAAGAAGGAGAAAACAACGGAGAUAGAAGAAGAGCAAGACGUCAUGGUUCUGCACAUCAACAACUUUGACAGAGCUCUCAGCGAGAAUCAACAUCUACUGGUUGAAUUCUAUGCUCCCUGGUGUGGCUACUGUAGAAGAUUUGAGCCCAUUUAUGCCGAUGCUGCUGGGAUGCUGAAGGAGGAAGGCUCAGCGAUGCGCUUGGCCAAAGUGGAUGCCAUAGAGGAGAAAGAGCUGGCUGAGGAGUUCAACGUCGACAGCUUCCCCACUGUGAAGCUGUUCAUGAAUGGAGACCGAAAGCAGCCCAUUGAAUACACUGGUACGAGGACCCCUUCAGGAAUAGUUCAGUGGUUGAAGCGCCGCUCUGGACCUGGAGCUGCAGACCUGGACUCUGCAGACUCUGCAGCUGAGUUCAUCAACGCCCACAACGUCACAGUUGUUGGAUUCUUUGAUGACCUGGAAAGUGAAGCUGCCGGUGUGUUUAAGGAAGUUGCUUUUGAUUUGACUGACGUCGAGUUUGGAGUAACAGCAUCUCCUGAAGUCUUUAAGGAGUAUGAGGUGACAUCCAACUCAGUGGUGCUGUUCAAGAAGUUUGAUGAUGGCAGAGCAGACUUUGCACUGUCUGAAGAGGACAAGCUCGACAAACACAACCUGACAGCUUUCAUUAAGGAAAACAGUCUGGAGCUGAUCAUCUCGUUCAACCAAGAGACAUCAGACAAGAUCUUCCACUCUCGUGUGCGGCUGCACUGCCUUUUCUUCAUUAACUCCACUGUGCAGAGUCACAUGAGCCUGCUGGAGGAGUACAAGACCGUCGCCAGAGAGUUUAAAGGAAAGGUGCUGUACAUCAUGAUCGACAUAACCACAUCCGUGUCACACGUGCUGAAUUACUUUGGGGUGUUGGAGACGGAUAUCCCUGCUGUACGCAUCAUCAACAUGGAGACACAAAAAAAGUUCAAAAUCGACUCCGAGCUGACCGUUGACUCUCUGAGACAGCUUUCCCAGGACGUUGUUGAUGACACUGCACAGCCAUACUUGCGGUCUGAGGAGAUCCCUGAGGACUGGGACAAGGGCCCGGUUAAAGUCCUGGUGGCAAAGAACUUUGAGUCUGUUGCCAUGGACCCGACCAAAAACGUCUUUGUAGAAUUUUAUGCUCCAUGGUGUGGACAUUGCAAGGAGCUGGCUCCAAUCUGGGAGCAGCUGGGUGAAAAAUAUGCUGAUCAUGAUGACAUCAUCAUCGCAAAGAUGGACGCCACAGCCAAUGAAGUGGAGAGUGUGGCCGUCGAAGGAUUUCCAACGCUGAAAUUUUUCCCAGCUGGUGGAAAAGAGGUGAUUAACUACACUGGAAACAGGGAUCUAGAGACGUUUUCCAAGUUUCUUGACAACGGAGGAGUACUGCCACAGGAGGAAAGUGAUGAGGACGAUGACGACGAAGAAGAGGUUGACAAAGAUGAAGCUAAGGCAGAUGAAGGAGAUGACGAUGAUCAGAGCAAGCAGACAGACGACUCUUCAGAGGGACCAACAAACAACACAUCCAAAGACGAGCUGUGAUGACAAUUCAAACUCAACCACUCUGUCAUUUUUCUUAAUAGAAGAUAUUCAAGUUUGA